AUUCGACCAGGUCUCGCCAGUCUUCCACUGACCGGCAUCGCCUCCGCACCUCACAGAAAAACGGCAACGAGCCAAAAUCUGUUGACGAUCCGAUCCUCGCGUCGUGUGUGAUUCCAUUUGUGUCGUCGAGCAUCAUUUGUUACUGGAAUACGAAAUUACCGAGGGAAAUUCAGUUCCGUUUCGAGACGUGACGAUUUUCGUGCAAUCAAAAACAAAAUAAACAUAAAAACAAAAAACAAAACAAAAAGUGGUGCCCAUCAUUUGACUUUUGUUCUCCUCCUAUCUCCUUGCACAGAGUGUCACCUUUAAAGCAGCAGCCGAAUGACAGCAGCGUCAGCCAAUUCCGCCAUCAUGGGUCGUCAGCAGCAGCAGCAGCAAAAACAACAAGGCCGGAUGAUGACGACAACAACCCUGACCGCAGCCGUCCCGACGAUAUUGCUCCUCCUGUCGACAUUCUCAUCGCUGAUGGCAGCAGGGUCCACGGUGAUGGCGGCCGAUGUGUCGGACGGAACGACUUGCACCUUCACGUCGAGAAACUACGCGGUCGGCGACGUCUGGUACCCGCGACUGGGCCAACGCGGAGCCCUUCACUGCGUCGCCUGCAUCUGCCAAGAGGGCGGCAAAAUCAACUGCACCAUUCACGAAUGCGGCGGCCAGGAUUGCGCCUCGCCCGAAUCGGCCGCCACCAACGAAUGCUGCGUCCACUGUUCCAAAGAGGCCACGAAAUCGACGACGACGACUCUGACGGCGGCUUCGACACGUCCGGCGCCUUUCUACCCGGAGGAAGUUCCAGUGUCUUCGUUCUCGUCUUCGGAUCUCAGCGGCAGUUCGACGUCGUCGGGCGUCACCUGCUUGCACAACGGCAACGUCUACCGCCACAAGGAGCGAUUCACGUCGUCCAAUGUCGGUCUCAAACCGGAGCACGCCGAUCAGUGCGUCCAGUGCUCUUGCGAGGGAGGAAUGGUCAUGUGCCAACUGAAAGAUUGCCCAAAAGUGGACUGCGACAACCCCAUCCGAACCAAGGACGAUUGCUGCCCAGUUUGUCCAGAUCCAGCUGGCAGGGUGGACGAGAUGGACAAUUCGCCCGUCAUUAUCCAGCAGCAGCCGGACGGAACCAACAGCAAGUUGGAGGACUGCAUCUCCGGCGGGCGAUAUUACCUGCACGGGACGACUUGGCACCCGGUGAUGGGUCCAUUUGGGCCAAUGGACUGCGUCAAUUGCAAAUGCAAAUCUGGCAGGAUCGAAUGCCAACGGCUGGAAUGUCCCAGUCGGCCGGCGCUCAACUGCGAAAGGCCCGUCAAAGUCGCCGGCCGCUGCUGCCCCGUCUGUCCGCUCGAGGGAGACAUCCAAGCAGGUCCCGUGACGCCGCUCCUGUCAUCUUCGCCCAUCACUGGGACGCGGUCCAACAUCCAAGCCACAUCUGGAAUGGGCAGCGGCCGGACCAAGACGCCGUCAGCAGGUCGUCCCAUGUCGCCUCCUUCCUCGUCUUCGCUCAUCAAAUCGUCCACUCAUCACGGCAACUUCACCUUGUGUUUGCCCAGAGAAUACGACGUCGUCGUCUACCGGGCGCAGGGCGGUGGCAACGCCUCCGAGUUCAUUCAGUACAUUUUCCAGCAAGUGGUCAACGGCCAGGCCAUCGAACACCACCUGUGGAUGCUGCAACCGACCGUGACAACCUACAAAGUCCAGGAUUUGACCAGGGACCAGUCGGAGGCGUUACGUCAACGCUUUCGCUUCGUCCUUCUCGGCGCCACCGCCACCAAGCACGUCAAACGCUUCACCAAAAGGGAAAAGAAACUCAAACCCAAAUGCCUGCCCAAUUCCGGAUGCCCCAAGAAGAUCCGACGACUGGAGCGCAACCUCGCCUUCCAGGAGGUGACCAGCCGCAAGGGAUGUUUGCCCAUCGAAGUCGAGGCCAACACUCGCUGAAUCAAGUCACCCACUUUUUUUCACGGUUGGCCAUUUACUGGAGCCAGCCAGUCAUCCAUACACACGUUCGACGACUGGCAAUAGCAUCUGUUAUGUAAACUACAUAGGACCUCCCCUCAUUUACUUUCGGUACCGCGGGUGUAUUCCGCGUUUGUACCCGGUGAAAGAAGCUCAAAUAUGGGAAAUCUAAUUUUCCGUAUAUUCCACGUAAAUGACAUAAAACAUAGUUUUGUUUUAUGAAUUUCAGUGGAUGGACCCCGCGUAUCCCCCCCAGAAAUGCAUUAUGCAGUUCCUUGACUAUAAGGCAUGAGAACAGAGACCAGCUAGAUAAGAAUGCGGUAAAUGAAACGGGGAAAUAUGUAGUUCACCUUUUAUACCUGUUUACCCCAUAUAGCCAAAUAAAAAAAAUAAAAAAAAUCACCUUCCUUACAGAAAUAGAGUGGCUCUUCCUUCACCGUCAUAGGAAAAAUAACAAUUCAACUGAUCACAUUAUGUAAAGGCUCUAUUGCUAUAUCAUUCUUCAAAAAGCGUAUUUAUUAAGUAUUUGGUUUUAACUAAAAAAGUGAAAAUUACUGUAAAUGCCCUGCAAGACUUGCGCAAAAAAAAAAUGAGAGAGGAUAACAAGAAAUUCCUACGCAAACAAAAGUUUGAAAAAAUCACAAUUAAAGUUUGUUUAAAUGAAUCAUCGUUUAAUAUCAUGUGACUAUAUCUUUGUUAAUGAACUCAAAUAAGAAAUAUCUGUUUUAAAAAAUGUGAAAGCUCUUAUUCCAUGUUCACUGUUGUACAACUGAGAUUUCAACAGCGAAAAUGACUUCAAUUGCGGCUAAAUGCUUCGCAACUGAUUCAAGAUGAGGAUUCACGUUGACCGUUCAAAUCUUGAGCAAACUCUGUUGAGGGUUCCAUCUUAACGACCGUGCUGAACUGAUACAUCCGACAUGAAAUGAAUGAAGUCUGUUGUCUAUUAUGCCCAAGCCUUGUAGUAGGUUUUUCUCCGACUCUGGUUUGGACCCGCAGAUCUUCUGUAGAUCAUUACACCGAAAAUGUAGACCCAAUUUUCGUCACACACGUUGCAGCACAGAGUGUUCAGUGUUCACUGCUAUCGCUGCCUCUUUUCUGUUUUUGAUGUUGUAUCUUAACUCGCAGUAUAUGUUCUAUCGCCGGCGGACAGAAUGUUUCUAGUGCUUAUCUUUGAUUAAAAUAAAAGUCUGAAUGAAACUGCA